AACGCCGCCUCCACGCAGCAGCCAGCCUGGAUGGUUGCUUUUUGGGGGGCCAUGGCACACCACUCCAGGCCACCCCACGCCCGCAAUUGCUCUCCGCUGCCCGUCUGCCUCCCUGCCGCUCGGUCCCAGGCGCUCAACCGGUCGCCGCCGACAAGUCAAGUCAUCCAUCCCUCGGGCGGACUGGAUCGUCGUCGCUUACUGUACCCUCCCGUGUCUCUUCGAACCUACAACCCAGGUGCGGGGAGCUAGCUAGUUACCGCAGAGACAGACAAAACACACCUCCACCGAGCGCGACUCUGAAUGCGCCAUUCGGCCUCUACCACGCGCCCACAUCCGCUUCCGCGUCGCAUCAUCCACGGCGUUGCCGGUCGCUGCUGCCCGCUGUCUUAGCCCUUCUGCCAUGCCCGCGUUGUGGUGAUGAUUGGUACCAAGCGCGCUCUCGACGAGGGAGACGACAAUGCAAACCCCUCGCUGCCCACUGCGAAGUCGCUGCCGUCACCGCCAUUACACCCGCCCAGCGCCUCUUCCACCUCGUCCUUCCGAAAUGUUUCCGCAUGCAACAGAUGUCGCUUGAGGAAGAAUCGCUGCGAUCAGCGCUUGCCCAGCUGCAGAAGUUGCGAAAAGGCCAGUGUAAAAUGCGUCGGCUACGACCCCAUCACCAAGAGAGAAAUCCCUCGCAGCUAUGUUUAUUACCUCGAAACUCGGGUUGCAUACCUGGAGUCCCUUCUGCAGGAAAACAGCAUAGCUUACGCCGCGGCUGACCAAUUCGAUCCCGCAUCCCAGGCUGCCAAUGGCUCCACUCCCAGACCUGUCUCGUCCUCUGGAGGACCACCACAUGAAGGAGGCGCCGCAAAGCCACCGUCGACUGACAGAACCAAAGCGGAGAACGACCAAUAUGACCGCAAUAAGCUCGAUAACCUGGUAUCCAACAUCGGCAUGGUUUCGGUUCAGGGCGCGAGUGACCCUAGAUUCCUUGGAUCCACAUCCGGCAUAUCAUUUGCAAGAGUUGUGUUUGCAGCGGUCAAAAGUACUGUCUCCGGGUCAUCAUCCGAACGUGGAAGUGUGAGGGGGAGCAAGUCGUUUAACGCCAACAUUGUCGAAGGCGGGUCCUCGAUGCGCGACAGUUGCUUCGGCCUACAAACAAAGCCUACCUUCCGGCAAGCCCCAUUUCCUGAUAGGGAACUGGGCGCUCGGUUGGUAGAACUUUACUUUGAGCACGCCAAUCCGCAAAUCCCCAUCUUGCAUCGCGGCGAAUUCAUGGAAAUGUUUGAACGCGUGUACGCUUCGGCUCAAGGAAUCCGGACUUCGCGGGAAUCCUACAUGCUCAACAUUGUUUUUGCUAUUGGAGCCGGUAUCAUCAUGGGUAGCUCAGACUCUAGCGAAUCCCCACCCUCCGACGGCGCAAUCAAGUCAAGGUCUUCACCACCGUCAAAUAAAAAGCGGCGUCUUGCAGGCCACCAGCACCAGCCGGAGGAAUAUCACGCCUCCGCCAUUGUGCAUCUUGAAAAUUUUCUCGGUUCCACCCCUGCUGCGGACCGACCGGAUGGGUUUGGGGGAGGACUGGAAGAACUUCAAGCUGUGUUGCUGUUGGCAGGGUUCGCGUUGCUGAGACCGGUUGCGCCAGGCCUCUGGUAUAUUGUCGGCGUCGCUGUUCGUCUCGGUGUUGAUCUUGGCUUGCACUAUGAAGACGGUGUGGGGAUUGAUGGUGGUUCUGGACCGGAUGAAGCGGUGAUCAAGACAGAAGCACCCGAAGGUGACACUUCGACGGUCGGCGGCAGUGGGAAGAAGAUUGGUGCGCGAGAAAGAGGGCGCAGGGAGUGGGUCCGUGAUCUCCGACGAAGACUCUGGUGGUGUGUCUACUCGCUCGAUAGGCUCGUGGGCACUUGUGUCGGACGACCAUUUGGGAUAACUGAUCAGGUCAUCACGACUGAGUUCCCGUCCAUGUUGGACGAUCGUUUCAUCACCAAAGAAGGGUUUUUGGUUCCCGGGGAACACCAACGGCGACCCACAUACAAAGUCGUCUCACAACAUUAUUUCCGGUUGAGACUGCUACAAUCCGAAAUACUGCAGGUGUUACAGCAUCGUCAGACCCAGCAAGUAAGAGCCAGUGGAACCAACCAAGGAAAUGAGUACAUGCACACGAAAUUACCUUCGCCCUUCUUGGCCAAUUUCAUGUCUUUCCGUGCAUGGCGCGCCGAUAUCGAUCGGCGUUUGUCGGAGUGGAGAGACUCGGCGCCGACUCAGCUCGAUGCAGGCGUACAGUUUUCCCCGCUCUUCCUGGAAUUGAACUACUGGCAGGCCAUCAUUAUGCUGUAUAGGCCAAGCCUCGUUGUUCCGACAGAUCUGGUCGCGGAGCUAGGCAACGCCGAUAGUAAUGUCGACAGUCCAUCUGUGAUCAGUGUAGACGAAAACGAAGAUGAAGAUCUCGUGUUUUUCAAAGUGGCUGAGGCAGGACAAAAAGUGUUGAAGCUGUAUCGACAACUGCACAGGGUGCAUUUGGUCAAUUACACCUUUCUAGCGACCCAUCACCUUUUCAUGGCUGGGAUUUCGUUUUUGUAUGCGGUGUGGCACUCACCUGCUGUGCGCAGUCUUUUGUCUUUGGAUGAUGUAGACUUUACGGUUCUUGCAGCAACGUCUGUGCUGGGGGACUUGAUCGACAAAUGCCCACCUGCUGAAGCAUGUCGCGACGCAUUUGACCGCAUGAGCAAAGCCACAAUACAGAUGUGCAUGGCGACGACCGGAUUCGGACCUCAGGCGCUGCGCAGCGGUGCCCAACAGAUGCAGGACGCCGUCCGACCCUCCACUUCACCAAACACAGCAUAUACGUCUACAUCAGAGGCAGAUGCGCGGUCGGAUACGGAGAUGAGCGGAUACCGAGCGGCUGGGUACACCCAGCAUACCCGACGGCCCACCCCACGCUUCGACAUGAAUCUCAAGGAGCUAUUUUCGGAAGACGAAACAGACAAGCAGUCGUUCAGUCGCAUUUCCAACCAAAUCAGCAGCAGCAUGCAGCCACCCCCUCUCCCGGGUCCAGUGCAGCACCAGCGCCAACAACAACCACCAUUGAAGCACGAACUUCCGCCCCAGCAGCAGCAGCAGUUGAUGCAACCUUUCUCCGCCAACCUCAAAAUCUCCCCACAACUGCAUUUUCAACAGCAGCAAGGAUACCCCUUCCAAAACCUCCCGCCUUCCCCCCAGUACCAACAGCAGCAACAAACCCCGUCAUCCACAACACCAACCCUCUCUCCACCAAUCCCUCAAACCUCCCUUCCACCUACUUUCCAACAACCACAAGCACAACAGAUGCCCCCUUACAACACAUACUCCUCGUAUCCAACAACCCUUGGCUUCUCGGACCUCGACUUUCUAGAUUCAUUCCCGAUGCAAGGCUUCUCAGACGACGCCAACAACAACACAUCCAAUAAUGACGGUGAAGCCGGAGGUGCAGGCAGUGGCUCGCAGGACAUUGGGUUCGGAAGCAUGGGGUUCGGACUUGGGCUUGGCAGCGAUGGUACGCAUGAUUGGAGCGAUGGGAACGGGUUUGAUUUGUUCGAAGGGUUUUUCUUCGGACCAGGGGGUACGGGGAUGUGA